AACACCAGGGCCAUGGACACACAAAAUGUCGGUAAGGCCCAUACAGGAGGGAUCUGCCUAGUGGAUAAUGAGCAGUGUCCGAAGAGAAGGCAGCCAUAAAGAUUCAGGCAUGGUGGCGUGGCAACAUGGUGCGCCGGACGUUACUGCAUGCAGCACUCAGGGCCUGGGUCAUCCAGUGCUGGUGGAGGUCGAUGCAGGCCAAGACAUUGGAGCAAAGACGGCGCCUGGCACUAAGAGUCUACACCUGCCAGGAGUGGGCCGUGGUGAAGGUGCAGGCACAGGUGCGAAUGUGGCAGGCCCGCAGACGGUUUCUUCAGGCACGCCAAGCGGCCUGCGUCAUCCAGUCUUACUGGCGCUGGCAUGCCAGCCAAACCCGAGGCCUGAUCCGGGGCUGCUAUGAGGUCAGAGCCAGCCGGCUGGAGCUCGACAUCGAAAUUCUCAUGACCUAGGGUGCUGGCAGAGCCAAGGAGACUGGAUCUCUCUUCCAAUAAAGACAUUUACUGAUCA